AUGUCCCUCGUUGGCGACCCACUCAAUUCUCACCUCUGGGGAUACCUCAUCCCUCUUAGCUCCAACCGAAAGCUACUCCGCAUCGACUUCUGGCGCAUCACUCCCGAGGUGUCUCUUGGGAGAAAUCCCCAAACCAACACCCUCACAUUGCCCGGUUCUUAUGUUAGUGCCAACCAUGCCAAACUCUGUUGGAACGGGCAAAAGGGGGAGCUGUCUCGAGUUGAACUGCAGGAUCUAUCGACAAACGGGACAUGGGUCGGAGAUGAACAUGUUAAGGGCCGAACUUGCCCACUUGUCUCGGGGGUUACCAUUGGCUUCGGUGCACCUCUUUUCGUCAACAACCAACUUUGUCCUCACGACUACCGAUACCGUUUCGUCGAGACUGCGUCGCUCCAGCGUGACCCUGCGACAGUGGACGAGUUGUAUGUUCCACAACGCUUUCUGGGCAAAGGAACAUAUGGGUGGGUGACGAGAGGAAUAUCAAGACAGACCGGCGAGUCCGUCGCCGUCAAACUCAUCAAAUACCGCCAGUCGAAUUCGGACAUCUUUACUGAGAUCGCUGCACUUGAGAGAGUUGAUCAUCCCCAUGUGGUCAAAAUGCUCUCCUUCCACCAUGGCCACCCAGGCUCCUGCAGUCUUUUCAUUGCGAUGGAGUACCUUGAAGGCUCGGAUCUCUUCGAGUAUAUGGAUCAUGAGCAAGAACAUCGGGUCUUGUGGCCUGAUGGUCCGAGUGAUCGAGGCAUUCCUCAAGAAAUUUGUCGCGACAUCAUGUAUCAGCUCUGCAACGCCUUGGCUCACAUCCACACGCUUGGAAUUGUCCAUCGCGACUUGAAGCCUGAGAAUAUCAUGCUCAAAGGGACAAAUAUCCGCAAACCAUUCAUUGUACUGGCCGAUUUUGGCCUUGCCCACGUGGAGAGGGACAUGAGUAAGCAGACUUGCUUGACGGAUGUGACGGGCUCGUGGGUAUAUAUGGCGCCAGAAAUCGAUGAUUAUAAGCAUGCUGGAUACGACGAAUACGUCGACAGUUUCUCUGCAGGGAUUGUCUUCCUUUCCAUGGUCACCUUAGUUUCACCAUGGCUUGGCGAGCGAAGUGAACACCCUCCGCUACCGCCUCUCAAUUGGGCACCGGUCACCUCGACUCUUCUUAACUCCCAAGGACGUCGGGUACUGGAGCUACUUCUCAGGCUAGACCCAGAACAACGCAUCUCUCCAGCCGGUGCUCUAACCUUGCCCUGGCUGGACGGCUAUCAACCGGUCUACGAGAUUGAUGACAAGUACAAGCAACUUUAUCUUGACAUGCCAGCAGAUGAGCAAGACUUCGGCAGUGAUGAGGAGGAGGAAGCGUAA